UGACCAAGCCUUUUCUCUCCCUUGUAAUUUUUUCUGUGUUGUAAAAAAAUCAAAUCGACGGCUUUUUUGGCGAAUCUCAUCUCUCUCUCUCUCUCUCCCCCUUUUAUUGCUCUCGAUUCAAUUUCUGUUUCAAUUUCAAAGGCCAAAUUUUGUCUUCUUUGAUCUUGACCAUUUGUUGCAGUAUUUUUUAUUCCAGACUUUAAUUUCUCUAUUGACUUUGGAAAAUUGUGCAAUGGAUAAAUGCCUUUUAUUGGUUUGAUCUUUUGUUUUUCAUGUUUCAGUUAUUAUUAUUAUUAUUAUUAUUAUUAUUAUUAUUAUUAUUAUUAUUAUUAUUAUUUCGUUUAGUUCGUUUCUUGGAAUUUAUUGAAAAUUCUGGCUUCUCUGGGCAGGAAUGCAGGGGAUUUUUUGGAAUUCUUAUAUAAUCUUGAGCUCUGAUUGAUCUACUUGAAUUUGUGGGUUUUCAAGCAUUCGAAGUGUCUUUUACAUUUAUAAUGGAUAAUGGAUAUUGAAGUUCUACCUUUUUUAGCUUUUUUAUUACAUUAUAAUAAUAAUAAUUAUUAUAAUAAGUUUAUACUUUCUGUGUUAAUAUUUCUUGUGUUAGGGCCAUUUAAGGAGAAGGGUAUUCAUAAAUUCUAUCACUUUGUGGGGUUGGAAGCUUAUUGUUGUAUUCUCAGUGUGUAAGCAGGUGAAUUUUCCCAAUUAAAGAGGACGAAUUUUAUGGGCGAAGAAGAAGAUUUAGUGGUGAACUUAAUUAGAUUGUUGAAAGCUUUGUGCUUUGCGUAUUUUGAGCUUCCCAAUCAACGGGAAUAUGACGUAAUUUUUCAUGUUGGAAUUUGAACUCUUGGUGAAGGGAUAAUUCAUCUGGAUUGAGUGGAGAAUUAGAGCGUGUGAAUCUAAAGAUCUCGCAAGGAUUUUUAAUAGGGAUUUCUGUUACCGAUCCAAACACGGAAAAUCGGAGUUGUGACUGUGUUGCUGUUAUGGAGUGCAUACUGAAUAUAAUCAGGACCCUAAGAAUGGGGUCCUGCUUGUCCGGGGAUAGCAGGAGCCCCCAACCUGGUUCUCCUGUGGGGUUAAGGAAGAGGAAGGGCUCGAAGAAGAGGCUUGGGUCUCGAAAUUCGUCCUUUGACUAUAAGAGGGAGGAACAGCUACAUAGGAUACCAGGGCGUAUGUUCUUGAAUGGAUCAAGUGAAAUUGCAUCACUCUUUACCAGACAAGGCAAGAAAGGAACCAAUCAAGAUGCCAUGAUUGUUUGGGAGAAUUUUGGUUCAAGAGCAGACACGGUCUUCUGUGGUGUUUUUGAUGGCCAUGGCCCUUAUGGUCAUAUGGUUGCUAAGAAGGUUAGAGAUUCUCUUCCUUUGAAGCUAAGUGCACAUUGGGAAGUUAAUAUAAAGAGCGAUGAGGUUCUCCCAGGUCUUAGUUUGAAUAGUAAGGGUAGUAUUUGCUCGGAAGAUACUUCCUUCUUAUCGGCUGACGAGGAAGCUAGAGCUUCUAUAGAUUUCGGAGAAAUGGGAAAGCAUCCUGAGAUUUUUCAGACAUUGAAGGAAUCUUUACUAAAGGCUUAUAAGUUUAUGGACAGGGAACUGAGAAUGUAUACAAAUAUAGAUUGCUUCUGCAGCGGGACAACGGCAGUGACUCUGGUGAAGCAGGGUCAGGAUCUCAUAAUUGGAUAUAUUGGGGACUCAAGAGCUGUAUUGGGUACAAGAGAUCAAAAUAAUUCACUUACUGCAGUACAGUUGACUGUGGAUCUUAAACCUAAUCUUCCAUCGGAAGCAGAAAGGAUUCACAAAUGUAAAGGACGAGUUUUUGCACUUCAGAAUGAACCUGAUGUUGCAAGAGUAUGGCUGCCAAAUAACGACUCCCCUGGUCUUGCAAUGUCUCGUGCAUUUGGAGAUUUCUGUCUCAAGGACUUUGGUCUUAUCUCCGUGCCUGAAAUUUGCUAUAAACGUAUUACUGACAAGGAUGAGUUUAUAGUCUUGGCAACAGAUGGGAUUUGGGACGUGCUAUCAAACAAAGAAGUGGUAGAUAUUGUGGGUUCUUGCCCAACGCGUUCAUAUGCUGCCCGCUCUCUAGUAGAGUUGGCUGUUCGGAGUUGGAAGUUCAAGUAUCCAACUUCUAAGGUUGAUGACUGUGCAGUAGUUUGCCUCUUUCUUGAUUCAAACUCAAACGACUCAAAUAUUUCAACUGCAAAAUCCAAAGAAAACGUUGCUCCAGAGGAUUACUUCAACAAGAAAUAUAAUUCUCUCUGUCCAACUGGAUUUAGCAGCUCUGGUACUGUUAGAACUAGUGAACAAGUUCUUGGGGAAGAAAAUGAGGAGGCUUUGGAAGCAAACAAGGAGGAAGUCUCCGACCUCGAGGAAACUAACGUGGAGGCUGGAAAAGAGUGGUCUGCUCUCGAAGGAGUCGCCCGUGUGAACACACUAUUGACCUUGCCCAGAUAUGUUCCACCCAAAGAAUAGAAAAAUGCCGCUGGAGAUGCUAAUGGUAGGAAAUGAAGCCAAAAUCCUUAUCUGGAUUUAUUUUCCUAUUUAUUUUGUAGUUUGUGUUUUCCUUCAUAAAUUUUUUCCCCCGUCUCGAAAAAAUUAGGGCCUUGGAUUUUUAUUCUGGACCAGAGAGGUGGUCCCGCCUGGCUGUAUUAGAUUUUCUGGGAAUAAUUCUUUUCCUCUCCAGUGUAGGUAGAAUUGGAAUUUUUGCAGAAUUUAACUCUCUUGUUUUUCCUUUGUAUUGACAUUUUUGGUCCUGAAACUUGUGUUGAUAAUAUUUGUAGUAAUGCCUUUCAUUCAGUUCAACUUUUAUAAUGAUUGAUGCUUUCCCA